UGCUGUUUGUUUUUAGCAAAGUUGGAAUUUAUUAGGAGAUGUGUUAACUCUGAUUCUUAAGUACGAGACGGAAAGGUGCUCAUGAAGAAAGAUGCAUGGGAGCAUGGGUGUGAGCCUCCCUAAAAGGGUCCUCCGAUCUGAAUACACUGCUUCAAUUUCACUCCUUGCUAUGUGUGGCCAGGCAUGGUGGCGCCUGCCUAUAUCCCAACAGUCAGGACAAUGAAGCAGGGGGCUGUGAGUUCAGGACCAGCUGGGCUAAACAGCAAGACCCCAAUCUCAUAAGUAAAUAAAUAGCCUGGCAUUGAAUAAAUGAUUACAAAAAGAAAGAAGGGCACUGAGGGAGGGACCUGAGGGUGUAGCUCAGUAGGUAAAGAGCUUGCACGGUAUACAAGAAGACCUGGGUUUCAUCCUCGUUAUCACUCAAACCGGACAUAGUAGUACACACCUGAAUCUCACACUUUUGGUGGGGGGGCAGGAGGAUCUGGAGUCCAAUGCCAUCCCCAGCUACGUAUCAAGUUCAAGGUUAGUCUGGGCUAUAAGAGACCCUGUCUUAAUGCCCCCAAACAAAACACAAUAACUACCCAUCAUAUAUAAGAGCAUAGAUACUGUCUCUUCAGACUGAUUGCUUCCCCCUCCCUGUCUUGCUCUGUUCCUGCAUUUUUACACAAUUAGAUUGAUUGCCCUGCAAGGCAGGAUGCAGAAACAGGAGCAAGCUGGUGGAAAGCAGCCAGAUGGAAUGAGGGCAAAACCAGUGGUAUUCCACACAGACACUGACCAGAAUGAGAAGCAGUGAUUCACAAAGCAGCAGCAGGCAGGCCUUGGGUUUCACUUUGAGAGCAAUUGCGGGAUUGGGGUCAGUAAGGAGUACGGGUAAGGAGGCAUCAAGAUAAAAGGCAGACAGGCUCCUUCUCCCUGGAGAUAUGUUGCCUGUCAACCUCAAUCCAUUCCCUUAAUCCUUUUCUACCACCCCACCCCCACAACUCCUCACGUUGACCAGUGUCCUGGGCCUUUAAGAGUUAGACAGGCUGGACUGAGGAAAGCGUUCACACCUCUCCCCACCCUACUCCUUCUCCCUGGCUGUAACUCUGCCAGUUACAGCAGCAAACUGCAGUCGAGGACGGGUGGAAGCAGUCAAGUGCAAAGGAAAAAAGGAGCCUGGCUGAGUCGUCUCAUUCUCGGGGAAGAGCAUUGCAGAGUUCCGGAGGUGUUGCUCGCACACUGGAUUACUAUCUUACCCAAGGACUCACCCAAAGCCCGUUGCUCCUCCUUGUUCCUUUCAUUGACUCUGGCACCAGCUGGUAGAGCAGUGGGUGAUGGCAUCUCAGAUUCAAGACCGACUGACCACUGAUCAGGACCUGCUGCUGAUGCAAGAAGGCACGAUGAUGCGCAAGGUGAGGACCAAAACCUGGAAGAAGCCAAGAUACUUCAAACUUCAGAGUGACGGCAUGACAGUCUGGCAUGCACGGCAAGCCGAAGGCAUAGCCAAGCCCACUUUUUCCAUCUCUGAUGUGGAGACAAUACGUAAGGGCCACGAUUCUGAGUUGCUGCGCUGUCUGACGGAAGAGUUCCCCCUGGAGCAAGGCUUCACCAUCGUCUUUCAUGGCCGCCGCCCUAACCUGGACCUGGUGGCCAACAGUGUUGAAGAGGCCCAGAUUUGGAUGCGAGGACUCCAGCUGUUGGUGGAUCUUGUCACCAGCUUGAACUACCAAGAGCAACUGGACCAAUGGGUGAGUGAGUGGUUCCACCGAGGAGACAGAAACCAGGAUGGCAGGAUGAGUUUCGAAGAAGCUCAACGGUUGCUGCAUCUGAUGAACGUGGAAAUGGAUCAAGAAUAUGCCCUCAAUCUUUUUCAGGAAGCAAAUGUGUCCCAGUCUGAUACUCUAGAAGGAGAAGAAUUUGUACAGUUCUAUAAGGCACUGACUAAGCGUACUGAGGUUGAGCAACUAUUCGAGAACUUUUCAUCAGAUGGACAGAAGCUGACCCUGCUGGAAUUUGUGGAUUUCCUUAGAGAGGAGCAGAAAGAAAAAGACCAUGCCCCCGACCUUGCUCUGGAAUUCAUUGACCUCUAUGAGCCUUCAGAGAGUGGCAGAUUGCUGCACGUGAUGAGCAAGGAUGGCUUCCUCCGCUAUCUCUGCUCGAAGGAUGGAAACAUCUUCAACCCAGACUGCCUCCCUGUGUACCAGGAUAUGACUUACCCUCUGAACCACUACUACAUCAAUUCCUCUCACAACACCUACCUACUGAGGGACCAGCUUUGUGGCCAGAGCAGCGUGGAAGGAUACAUAAGGGCCUUGAAGCGUGGGUGCCGCUGUGUGGAGGUGGACGUAUGGGAUGGACCUGGCGGGGAGCCCAUUGUUUACCAUGGACAUACCCUGACCUCUCGCAUCCUGUUCAAAGAUGUCAUGGCCACAAUAGCACAAUAUGCCUUCCAGUCAUCCGACUACCCACUCAUCUUGUCUCUUGAGAACCACUGCUCCUGGGAACAGCAGCAGACCUUGGCACAGCAUCUGACUGACAUCCUGGGAGAGCAGCUGCUGAACACCACCAUAGAUGAACUGCUGAUGGAUAAGCUGCCCUCACCAGAGCUUCAAAGGAAGAUCUUGGUGAAAGGAAAGAAGUUACGGGCAAUUGAGGAUAUUGAGGUUGAUGAAGAAGAGGAGGAAGAGCUGGAGAAAGAUGAGGACUCGGAUGUGGAUCCAGGCACCUACCCGGAGCUGGACACUCAGCUUCAGCCUGAGUCCCAGGAGCUGGUCUCUGGGAACAAGGACGAUGAGGUUGUGGCGUGUCCGAUGUCUUGUCUGCUUAUCUGUGGUCACAUUUUGGCCCAGGAUCCUAGUACCAUUCCUGGGUCCUCUUUCUUGUCCAACCAGGAUUCCAGGACCAUCUCGUGCCCAGACCUGUCUGCCCUGGUUGUCUACUUGAGGACUGUCCCCUUCUGCAGCUUCAUUCAUUCCAAAGAAAAUUACCAUAUCUAUGAUGUUUCAUCUUUCUCUGAGACCAAGGCCAGGAACCUUAUCAGAGAGGAAGGCAACGAGUUUGUACAGCACAAUGCCAGGCAGUUAUGCCGUGUGUAUCCCAGUGGUCUGAGGACAGAUUCAUCGAACUUUCACCCCCAGGAAUUCUGGAAUGCAGGCUGCCAUAUGGUGGCUAUGAAUAUGCAGACUGCAGGGAGUGCCAUGGAUAUCUGUGAUGGGUUCUUCCGCCAGAAUGGUGGCUCUGGCUAUGUGCUGAAGCCAGAAUUCCUGUGUGACAUCCAGAGUUCCUUCAAUCCCGAGAGGCUCAUCAGUCCUUAUAAGGCCAAGAUCCUCUUAGUCCAGGUCAUCAGUGGUCAACAACUCCCCAAAGUGGAUAACAUCAAAGAGAGUUCCAUUGUGGAUCCACUGGUGAAAGUAGAGCUCUUUGGUGUUCCUGAAGACACAAGGCAACAAGAGACCAACUAUGUGGAGAACAAUGGUUUUAAUCCAUACUGGGGGCAGACAUUCUGUUUCCGGGUCCAGGUGCCUGAACUUGCUAUACUGCGUUUUGUGGUAAAGGAUUACAGCUGGACAUCCCGGAAUAACUUUAUUGGUCAAUACACCCUGCCCUGGACCUGUGUGAAACAAGGUUACCGACACAUAUCCUUGCUCUCCAGGGAUGGCACUAGCCUCCACCCAGCUUCCAUCUUUGUGUAUAUUUGCAUGCGGGAAGACUUGGAGAAACACAGGGAGGAACUCGAAGCAGAGAAAUCUACAGAAGCAUUAUCCCCUCCAACCUACAAGUCCCUCAAAAUCCAGAGCCAACGAAAGGAUCAAUCAAGGAUCAAGGCUCCCAGGCAAAGGUUGGGGAAGGAUGCCUGACCCCAGAACUAUGACUCUCUAGAGGACAAUACACAGCCUUGAGUCCCCACUGGACUGCUGCUCCUUAGCUGGUCUAAAUAGAGCUUCUCUGUCCAA